AACGGAUAGCGGUUAGUCCUCUCCCUUGGAGGGGAGAUGGCUGCGGUUUGUAGUCUGCCUGAGAUUUGAGCUUCAAUUGCUUGGACUUGAAGGACGCUGACAGACCCAUGUCGGGACGUUGCCUCCCCAGCAAAAUUGCCACAAGAUGGCACCACUUCAGAAGUGCAAGAGGAAAACCGUAUCGACUGUCAACAAAUUCUCUCAGAAAUGGAAACUGAAGAUCCACCUGUUAAAACAAAUGAUUUUACAAAGGCUGGAGCUCUGCCCGUGUCCCCAUCUGAAAACUUGAUCCAGUUAAAUGAAACUAUGUUGCAAAGUGACCUUAAUGACUGGGAAGUUGGUGUCCUUAAGCAUGUUGUCUCUUCCAGUUAUAUGCACAACAAGCUGCCCAUUGUAUCUAACUGCAUGCUAUCCUCAUCUAAAGUAGAGCUAAUCCAGUUGAAUGAAACAAUACCUGUGACAAAUAAUGUAAAUGUAACUCUUAAUUUAUCAAAGCAUGAAAACCACAUUAGAAAUGACCUGAAGGUAACUAACUCAUUUAAUUGCACAAUGCAGUUAAAUGGUACCACAGUUGUGGAUGAUUUUAGAAAUAGGGCUUUUAACUUUCUAUAUGAAGACGAUGAGGGCUGUGACCUCAAUGUAACUAGCUCCUCUCAUCGCAAGCUGCCUCCAUCAAUGAACGUAAUGGUACCAUUUCACUGCACUGUGACUGUGGAUGACUGGAAAAAUGCAAUGUUUGCAGCAAAAUAUGAAGAUAGUUUUGAGACAGCUCGCAAAGCAUAUACCUUGUCUGGAUGCAAGUUACUUCAAUCAACAAAUGACAAAGAGCAGUUACGUAGAAUUGUAACUGUCUUUGACUGCAAUGCUACAUUUGAUGCAUCAAAGCAUGAUAACAGUUUGGAAAAUGCCAAUAAAAUAACAAACUUGCCCGAUUGCCAGGUGCCUCUAUCACCAGGAGGCUCGAAUGAAGUCAGACUGACUUCUGAGAACUUUAAACUUGGGAGACAAUGUGUUAUGGAUUAUGGAUCAAUGUUAGACCAAGUGGAGACAGGUGGAAACAGUGGUAACUCAAAUUUGAUUCUGGAUUUGGGGAAAGCGGGUAGUUCUAUAGGUAUUGAAAAAAGAUCAGUUGAAGCAAAUACAGGUGGUGAUUGUGAUUUCAGCUGUUCUGUAGGAUUACAUGAAGGGGUUUAUGGUUUAGAAAGUAACCUACAUUUAAGAAACUCCUCCCAACAUGGAGAACAAAUUACUUGUGAGCAAACAGACGUGGUUCAUGACAUAGUGAGUUCAGAAUGGGCUCCCAACUAUAUUUCUACUCCAUACAUCAAAAGGAGGCGAAGUUUUCUAGAAUAUCAACAAUUUGACCAAUCUAACCUGGCUUCUUCCGCCAUACUUCAGGAUGACAUGCAUGUUGGAGCAGAAGAGUCCCUGGAUGAACACAGAAGUUCUGGCACUGUUGCCACUGAAACUAGUAGUGGAAAAAAUUCAAAUGUACCAAGAUCUGGACAGCAAUUAAGCCAAGCCAAAAUCGGAACUGAAAAUUCCUUGAAAUGUGUUGAUCUCCCAGUAGCCAGGAGGAAAAGUGUUAGUCAAGUACGUAAAUCUGGAACGCAAAAAUAUAUUAUACCUCCUGUUCAAAUCUGCAAAGUAGGUUGCUCUGUUGUGGACAGAGGAAGAAAACCUUCAACACAAUCAGUUGGUGUUUCAAAGACGUGCCUUUCAAAACCUCAUCAGGUUUCAAAAAAGCUGAGCAGUGGAAUAGGGUCUGGGCAAACUGCAGGAAAUAACAAGCUUUCAUCAUGCCACAUUGGAGUCAAUACCAAUAUGACUCCUAAAGCCAAACCUAAUCAACCUUUGGCUAAAAGUAUCUCAAAGAUACCUGGACUAAACAAAAGGUCUUCACUGAACUCGUCAAAAUUCAUUGUGCAAGAAACAAAAGCAAAUUUCAAACAGGCUUCUGCCUUUAAUAGAGGAGACAUCACUGCCAAAUAUCCAAGAUGUGAGAUGAAACCACGUUUGGGCAACUGUAAGCAACAGAUGGGGAUGAAGAUUAAAACUACAGCUCUGGAAACCACAUGUAAAUCCAAGCAGGAACUUGAAGUGGCCAAGCUUCGGAGAAAAAACAAAGAGUUGGAGGAGAAGAUCAUAAUGUUGGAGCAGGAAAAUGCUGCUCUUCGGCAGGGGAAAGAGAAUCUUGUACCUGUCCCAGAAGAAGGAUCCAAUAUCUAGUGCUUUAUGCAGAAAUGCCUGACCUUUGAAACAUUUUAAGUUUAAAAGGAUCUUGUCAUGAAUCUAACCAGCAUUCACAUAAUAUGAAAUUGCUCUGACAUUUUCAAUUUGACUGGAGACACGUAAUUAACCAAAUGUACUUUUGUGGACAGAAGUCCUAAAUUGUCACCUAAUUCUUGAACUUUGUAAUCAUGUUUAAUUGUGACCUUAGCAUUGCUGGUUCUGAAUCUGGCAGUAUUAACUUUGAAAAUCAAGAUGCCUCAAUAUUUAACCUCACUCUCCACUGACUUGC